UUUACAUCAGUAUCACGGAACUCUGUAGCAGCUCGGUUUAUGCUAUUUCUCCAAACGAAUGAAUAUAAAACCUGAAACUUUUUCUACGCUGUAACACCAUCUUGCUAAAAAGUAUCAAAGUAGCUAGAUUUUAUUUAAAGUUGCUCCUCCAGACUCGUCAGACGUCCCGUUAGCCGGGUAAAGCUAACCACCUCGGGCUUUCUGUCGGUCGUCACUGUUCACUUUGUUUCAUAAUAGAAGUGUCACAGAUGGAUUCAUCACUCAUGUAAUGUAAAUUAUAUUUUUAAUAUGGCCGAGUCCCUUGUAUUUCGGGGGGCUGAUGAUGAAAAUGCAGAUUCGGUGUCAGAUGUGGACAAAUGCUACAUCUGCCUGAGCCCCUUUGAGCAGCAGACUGUGGCUUCUCUGGACAGCUGCCAGCAUGUCUUCUGUCUUCACUGUAUCCUCCUGUGGUCCCAGACAGCCAACACGUGUCCAGUGGAUCGCACCAGUUUUACCAUCAUCCACCAGAGGCAGAGUCCUGGAGGACAAAUCCAGAAAAAGAUUAAAGUGAGGCCGAAGAAAAAUGAAGGUGAUGAAGAGGAGGGCAGCAGUCCUGUUGUCUGUGAGGAGUGUGGCCGCAGCGACCGGACGCACCACCUGCUGGUCUGCCUGCACUGUGACUCAGGUUACCACAUGAACUGCCUGACGCCGUCACUAAGCGCAGGUCCUGAGGGGGAUUGGAUCUGUCCCGACUGCGUGAUCGUCCUUCAACAAACAGAGGACGCCGUGCUGGAGGAGGAAAUCAGUGAUGGAGAGUUGACUGACCUCCUCGCUGAGGUGGAGGAGGCUGCGUCUACCAGCAGUCGCCUUCGGCCUUCGACGGUGACCCGGCCGAUCGGCUCCACCGAGCGACGUCACAGUGCCAGGAUUCAGAGCCGAGCCGAGAGGAGUCCGCGUCCGAGUCGGCCGCGGGCCCACUGGCAUGUGCCUAAAUAUCUGAUCCGAGCAUCGAGGCCUGCAGCGACGUCUGAAGCUGCCAGUUCGUCCAAGAUAACGACAAGGAAACGGAGGAAACGUUCAGCCUGAAGCAUCCACAACAAGCUGCUCUGCCGGGAGUGUCCACCAGGGGGCAGCAGAGUCCGCACAGUCUCACAGUGAUCAAGUCUGUCAAGUUUUGAACCUACUUUUUUAAAGAUAAAAAAAAAAUCUGUUUUUCU